CGUUGUUAGUCAAGUGAGUGGCAGGCUGGCGGCAGCCAUCUUGUUAUGAUGUUUUGAUACCACAAGACUAGUAGGCAGUAAGCUUACUGUCCUUCUUGGCUAGUUCUCCUUUGUCCGUUACGUUUAUUUUAAAUAUAUAAUAUUUUAAACCGGCCGCGGAGUGUAUUAGUGUCAAUAGUGUUAGUUUUUAUUGUGCAAGUUGUAUAUGUCCAUUGUGUCUAAGUGUUAUUGUGAACCCGACGUCGGCCAGAGCCGUACAUUUUAGAGAUUUUGUUUGGAAUAAUUAAUCGUCUGUGGAUGACAACUUUGGCCUCCAAAGAACUAUGUGCUAGUAAAGAAAACAAUUCUGUUGUAAUAAGGUGCAAGUUUUGUGACAGUGCUUAAUGUAAAUAUUGUUACCUUAAAUGUUAUUAUUCUUGGUGAUAUAAGAGAUGCUGCCUCCUUGGACACAUGUUCUACAAAUUUUUGUUUAAUUUUUUCGAUACCUUGAGUGAUUACUGUUUAUAAACAAUGAAAGAUAACAACUCGCAAUGGCUAAAGUGGGUACUAGAUGCCAUAAAGAAGAUAAGGACUCAAAAACAGAGGCCAUCUGUGGAAAGGAUAUGCAGGGCUAUUCGCCAGCACCAAGAUCAGACCGAGGCAACUAUAAAAGAUCAUUUAGAAUCUCUUGUGAGGGAUGGACAAGUUCUGAAGGUAGUGAAUAAAGGACAGUGUUCAUACAAGGAUCCUGGUAGUGUUACUCGCCCUGCUGUUUCAACUCCUAGUAAUAAAGCAACUCCGAAGAAAACUGAGGGAGAUGAUUUGUUACAGAAAGAUAAAUCUGCAUCGAAAAGUGUUAAGCCAAAAAAGAAGUCCGUGCCAUCUGCUGUAACAACUAUUGAAGAAGAAUCUCCCAAGAAGUUCAGCCUACCUAUCUGCGGGGAAUGCCUCGGCACCGCCAAGAAGAACCGGGAGGGCGUGGAAGAACCGCUGAGCGAGUGCGCCUCCUGCGGGACCGGCCUCCACCCGACCUGUGUCGGGGAGACCUUCAUCAGCCUCUCCGCCAGGGGCAACCUCUGGAAGUGCGAGGAGUGCAACCUGUGUGCCGUCUGCUCCAAGGUCGAGGAUAAGAUCUGUCUCAUUUGUUGCGGAUCUUGUUCGAGAUGUUAUCAUCUGCAGUGUAUUGCAUCUUCAAUCGACAAAAAAGGGAAAGGUCCCUGGAAGUGCCAGAAUUGUACAGAGGGCAAACCAGCUUCGGCAACCACCACUCCGCAGCCAACUACACCUGUACCAACUUCCAAUUCGGUUUCAAUCCCCAAGUCAAAACAAAAGAAUCUCAGGGUACAACAACUUAGGAGUUUAAGGAAAGCAGCUCGUGCAAGUUUAGUCGGAAAGAAGGGGAAAACGAGAACCUUGAGCUUGGAUAGCAGCUCUGAAGAUGGUAAUGAGCCUUCCCCCUGUGCCUCCAGCCCUCUUCCCCCCUCCCCAUCCCCAGGUGGGGGCCCUCGCGAGGAAAUUUCAGAUGUAAUAUCAAAGGAAAAACAGAAAUUUUUCCGUGGGUCUGCAUUUUAUCGUGGGCCUAGACCAGAAACGUCCAGAGGCCCAACUAACCAUGAUAGGGACCCAGUCAUUACUCCAGUCACACCGCUGACACCAUUUCCCCAACAUAUACCUCCCCUCCCAGCGAGUUCUUACUCUGAAAAGGAGCUCCCAUUUGGGUCACUUGGGGAGGAUGACGGUCCGUGGGGUUUCGCUGCUGCUGCAUUAUCUGCUCAAGCUGAUCCUGCCCCCCGUUCUCAGCAACAGAACUCUACGCCGAGAGAGCCGGAACCUCCUCAGCUAGUGUCUCCAUUGAUUCCUAUUCUAAGGAAAAGGAAGAAGGACUCAGAGCCUCAGCCAUCACCUUCCAGUCUCAUCAAGUCUGCUGUAUGUUGUAAAUCGGCCGAGCUCGAGAGGAGGAAACAGCUGAAUGGAGGGGAGAGGAGUCGAAACAUGGAGGAGACGUCAGGCAGAGCGGCUGCGACCAUUAACAGUUUGCUGUCUAGCGACUUGCCUGCUGGUUGUACAAAUAAAGACUUGGAAUGCUUUAAGUUAGCUCGAGAAAAGGCAAACUCUGCUACAAAAGCGAAUGUACCGGAGCCUGAUCAGCUCCAGCAUGUCCCUACGCCAAGUUUAAUUACACCAAAUAUUGCUACCACGAGGUGUCCCGCUUCAAUUGAGUUUGGAAAAUACGAUAUACAAACUUGGUAUUCUUCUCCUUUUCCUCAAGAAUAUGCUAGGUUAGGAAAGCUUUUCUUAUGUGAGUUUUGCCUGAAGUACACCAAAAGUAAGUCAGUACUUGAUAGGCAUCUUGACAAGUGUACUUGGAGGUGGCCGCCUGGAACAGAAAUUUAUAGGCAUAAUGACAUUUCCGUUUUUGAGGUUGAUGGUAAUAGUUCAAAGUUUUAUUGUCAAAACCUAUGUCUUUUAGCUAAACUGUUUUUAGACCAUAAAACCCUGUAUUAUGAUGUUGAACCUUUCUUGUUUUAUGUACUAACUCAAAAUGACGAUAAGGGUUUUCAUCUAGUAGGUUAUUUUUCUAAAGAAAAACACUGUCAACAAAAAUAUAAUGUCUCUUGUAUAAUGACACUUCCACAGUACCAGCGUCAAGGGUUUGGAAGAUUUUUAAUUGAUUUCAGCUACUUGCUUUCUAAAGAAGAAGGGCAGGCAGGUACACCUGAAAAACCUCUGUCCGAUUUGGGUCGAGUCUCAUACCAUGCUUAUUGGAGGUCUAUCAUUCUGGAAUACAUUCACUACCAUAGAGAAGAAGAUUUUUCGGUUUCGUCAAUUUCCAAAGAAACAGGUGUUGCACCUCAAGAUGUAGCUGAGAUGCUUCAAAAUAUGGGCAUGGUUGAAGACUGGGACAGAGGAAUUCAGGAAGAAGAUGGACCUGGUAUUGCAAUCGUUGUCGAUUGGAAUAUGGUCGACAAACAUAUGGAAAAGGUGAAUAAAAGUAGAAGAAUUCCGAUUGAACCAGAAUGCUUAAGGUGGACUCCAUUGGUUUCAAAUCUUGUUAACCCAUUCCGUGUAUCGGAUGCGGAUGAGGGUGAGGAAGGUGAUGAUGAACUUGAAGAAACGUUUAUGCAAGAAGAAGAAGUAAAACCCUCGACAUCUGGUAUCUCAAAACCAAAAGUUGCCCAAAAAGAAAUCAUCAAGGAAGAACCUUCACAAUCAGUUUCAGUGGAAAAGGUCAAAAACUUGAAACAGAAAUCUAUAUCAGAAAUGUUUAAAGAAGAAACUUCGAAACCAAAGUCGGAUAUUUCAAGUUUUCCAGAGAAAAGAAAAAGAAUACAGAAAAAAUAUAAUGACGAUGGUGAUGCAGAUGGUGAAGAUACUUCUGAAGAAAUGAACGUAAGAAAGAAAAAAAGGAAAGUAGAAGUCACCAAUCCUUUGAUUAAGCCUAGUAGGCUCAAUGUUUUGGCUACGACUCCUGAACCAUCGCCUUCACAGUUAGAUGAUGAAUCUGCUGUGGGUCGUGGGCGAAGGUCUAAGCGACCAAGGAGGCGGCUUAGCCCAUCUUCUCCUGAACCAAAGAAGGAAAAGGAAGUGGAUAAGAAACCUGAUGUUUCAUCUAGAAUUUCUCCCGAAGAAGAUACUCCAGUUGUUAAUAAACGAGUACUUGCUGCUCGUGAGAGAUGGGUACAACGUCGCAAAAAGGAAGAAAUGUUGAGGAAACAAAAGGAGUCAUCGAUCAAGAACGAAGCUGUAACAUCUGCCACAGAUUCGCUUAAGAAGACACCUAAAAAAGCUAGUACAAAGUCUCCAGUCCAAGACACACCUAAGGCAGUGUCUGAGGAAACCCAGACUGACAGAUUGGAGUUAGAAUCUACAAGAGAAAAUGAAGAUUCUGAGGUUGAAUAUAAAGUUGACUUAAAUUCUACAUGUGGAGCGAGCACUUUCAAUGACAGUGUAGCCAGUGACAACAUGCCUAUGAAGAAGAAAAGAGGCUGGGUGAAAGGAGUAUCUAGGAAAGGUUACACUCCUCAACAAGGGCUUAAGAAGAAGAAGAUUCAAAGGAGAUGGGGUGUUAAACCACGGAGGGGAAGACCUCCUAAACGUAAAAUAUCAGAGGGUCAGGAUGACGAGAAACCUCCUAAGCUUUCUAAAGAAGUUGGGCAGAGUGAUGUUGAAUUCACUCCUAAGCAAGAACAGGAAGAUAUGUCUGCUGAAUCAGAUGUAGAAGUUAUCGAUGAUUCAAUGAAUGAUGCAGAGGAACAAGAUUUCAAUUCUGAUGAAAGCGAGAAAAAUACUGAAAAUAAAGAGGAACUAGUUAGCUCGAAAACAGAACCCUCUUCUCCCUCCCUAAAGUUCCAGGGACAUAAUCAAAAACGAAAUUCUUCUGAAUCUCAAGAUGAUGAAAAACCUCCAGAACUUUCAAAAGAAGUAGCAGAUGCUCCAGAAGUAGAAACCAAAAAAGAAGAUACAUCUGGAGAGUCUGAUGUUGAAAUUAUUGAACAAAACCCACUUCCUGAAAAAUUGAAAAAAGAUGAAGAGGAAGAAGGUAAUAGCUUAGUUGAAAAUGCAAAGGAUGAAAAUAAAGAAAUCCAAAGCAGCAGUUCUUGCCCAUCACCCUCCUUAAAGGAGGAAGAGAAAUCUGAUAAAAGUAAAUUGGAAGUUCCUAAAGAAGAUGAUAAAGGAACUGAAGAGCUACCUCCUGUUCUGGAGUUGGCAGUUCCUCAGAAACCAUUGUCACCAAAGAGGCCAGAACAGCUAAAUAAUGUUUUGGCCUCAGAGUCAGAGAAGCUAUCUCCUCCUAUAGAAAUUAAAGGUCAAAUCAAAGAGCAUGAAGACCAAAAAUUGUGUGAGAAAAAAUUGGAUAUUGACUGCCGAAAAGUAAUCAGUUCUGAAUCUCCAAAAAGUCAUUCACCACCAAAAGACAAAAAAGAAAAAGAAAGGACCAUAUCAUCACCCAUUGUUAUCUUAGAUGAUGAACAUAUUAAGCCUGCUGAAGAAAAAUCAUCUGAACCAGAAGCAAAUAGCAAAAAACCUGAAGAACCUGUUAUAAAUCCUGGCUCUGUGAAACCUCCUGAAAUGCCAAGUAUGGGAGUUUAUACCCCUGACUCAACCACUAAUUCUGUUCAGUCUCUUCAUGGCUACGGUCAGUGUGACCUUGAUGUAAAUCAGCUUAGUGGUUUGGAAUCUCCUCAGUCCAUUUCAUCCAACGAAAUGCCUCCUUCAGUUCCAGAACAGCCAAGGCCUCCGUCUGUUGCAGCAGGCUAUGCUGAUUGUGCUCAACAGGCCACCAAUAUUAAGAGAUCUGAAAGUAUAGGAAUCAGCCAUCAUCAUUCUCAUCACCAUAUUGCUCCUUCUCCUCAUUCAAUGCAUCUUCCUGCCUCCCCUCAUAUGCCUCAGUACCAGCAACAACAUCAUCAGCAGUUAUUAAAACCUAGUAGUGGUAGCAGAAGUAAGCAACAGCAUGCCCAAAGGACUCGAUCGACGCCGCCAGCACCUACAACAACUCCAUCUCUUCAUCCUCAACAAUCUAUGCAUCUUCAUCAAGCUUCUGCAUCUUCACCUGGUCCUCCUCACUAUCCACAUCAUGGUGUUAUUUCUCAGAGUAAUUACAUUAUGCCUCAAGGUGGAACAUAUGUCAGUGUUCCUAUGACAUCUGUAUUAGGUCAUCGCAUGGCACAACAAACUUCUUCGCAGAGAUUAGGUCCAUCUCCUUCAUGUUCUGGUUCGACCCCUAACUUUUAUAUUCAAACUGCUGUCCAUACCCAGAGCCCUCAAGGCUCACCUGGAAGUAGCUUGGCAAAACUUCAGCAACUGACCAACGGCCUUGAUACACUCCCACCUGGCCACUGUGGAACUAUGACGCCACCUCCUGCAGUAGAUCUCACCCCUACUCCACCCUCCCAUGCCACUCCGCCCCCUCCUAAUUUAGCAUCUUAUCAUAAGUUUUACCAGAGCAAUAUGAGCUCUUCAAGUAGAACUGGAAGAAGUUCUGUACCUGUUCACCAAAUGUCACCUGCAACUUCAUCCAGUAGAACAAAUGUUGCAGCGACUCUUAACCCUUCUAAUUUAAUGGCUCAAUAUAGUAGCUCAUUUAAUGGGUAUAGAAUUCCAGGCCAGCAGUCGCCAGCCACUGUCACUAGCUAUAUAACCAACCCAGGUUUUAUCAAUCAAACAAACCAAAUCCCUAUGCAAAUGAUGAACAUGCAAGGUCAAUAUGGACAAGAUCCCCAGCAGAAUACUAUGUAUGCUACUUAUGGAUAUCUGAAUGGAAGCCUAAUGCAGCCUUUGAAUAGUAGCAUGAGGCGGUAGGAGAUGUCCAAAAAUCUGUGAUUUUGUGUUAGUUUGUAAAUAGUGAUAUUGUUAAACUUUAUUUGAUAAUUAUAUUCACAAGUGACCUGUAAAUUCUGUGUAUAUGGUAUAAAAUCAAAAUGUUUAUUUUGAUGGUCAGAAUAAUUGAUCCUCAAUAAUUUAAUUUUAGUUUUAUAUAUAAAUAUAUAAAAGUUUUAUAUAAUAAAAUUUAUAUAAUAAGUAUUAAUCAUCACGCAGGGUGCCUCUAUGAGUGUUUAGUUUGUAGAGACAGUACCUUAAUAGUAUUAUUUUGUAAUUUUUUUUUUUUUAAUCGUGUGUAACACUGUAGAUUUUUUAACUUAUAGAAUUACUGAUUUUACUGGUACUUCGAAAACUUAUUUAUUGCACAGAAUUCUUUAUUUGAAACCGGUUACUCUCUAUUGUUUUGUUAACAUUAUUUGUUAUUAAAUUGUUGUGAUUAUACUGUAAAUAGAUAUUGUCUUAAUUAAUUGUAAUAAUUUUGCUGUAGACAUUUUUAACUAUUCAUUUCUACCAUGCCUAUUUUAAACUGUUAAUUUGUAAAUUUGAGUCAUAAAAAAUGUGUAUAUGCCUAAAUCAGAUGUUAUGCUAGUUGCACCCAUUACUUAUUAGUGCUUGUAAAAAGUUUUUGUAUGGCACUCGAAUUUUUGUUUCAUAAUUGAUGUAAAUAUUAAAGUUAUUAAUAUUAAA